CUUCUACUUUCUUUCUUUCUUUCUAAUUCUCUCUCUGCUUUAGCAUAUUUUUUCUCCAUUGUUUAGUCCCACCUCACAAGUGAUAUCUUGUCUCCACUUUUUAGCUCAAUUGGGUUCACUUUACCAACCUUGAUCUUCUUCAUUUUCCUUUGUACCCUUCACCGUUUCACUUCUUUUAAUUUGGUUUUCUUGUUCAUACUCCACCAUAUAAACCUUUUCGUCAUUUUCAUUUUUGUUUUCCUCCCUCUCCCUUUCUGUGCUCAACUCUCCUCUCCUCCAGAUUCCAGUCAUGAUUGAUCCCAAGUCCAAUUACUUCAGUGGAUGCUAUAACCUAAACCAUCUACCCCGCUUGUCUUCCUCUGCAUCUUCUUCCAAUCCAUCUUUAUAUGCAUCUUAUGGCUACAACUCUUUCACUCAUCAUUGCCAAUAUUCCUCUUCACCUCCCUCUCCUCCUGUCAAAGCAGCUCUUCCACUCCUCAGUUUAAGCCCAACAAGGCAUGACUACCACCAGCAAGAAUCCUGGUGCAGUGCCACGGAAGUAGGCAAGAACAAAGACAAAGAAGAAAGCUUGUUUGAUAAUGACUCUGUGACUGUGGCUUUGCACCUAGGGCUUCCUAGUCCUAGCUCUGCUGAUUUUGUCUCAAGCUUAUCCUCCACAGAGAUCUCUUCAGAUAAAGAAGAUGUUACUGUUGCUUCUGGGUAUCAGACAACCAAUACUCUUGUCAAGCGUCAAUAUUGGAUCCCUACACCUGCACAAAUUCUGAUUGGUCCUACACAGUUUUCAUGUCCUCUUUGCUUCAAGACCUUCAACAGAUACAAUAACAUGCAGAUGCAUAUGUGGGGGCAUGGAUCUCAGUAUAGGAAAGGGCCAGAGUCUCUUAGAGGAACACAGCCAACUGCCAUGCUUAGGCUACCUUGCUAUUGCUGUGCACCAGGAUGCAGGAACAAUAUUGAUCAUCCAAGAUCAAAACCUCUCAAGGAUUUUAGAACCCUUCAAACACAUUACAAGAGAAAACAUGGGAUCAAGCCUUUCAUGUGCAGAAAAUGUGGCAAGGCUUUUGCUGUUAGAGGUGAUUGGAGAACCCAUGAGAAGAACUGUGGGAAGCUUUGGUAUUGCAUUUGUGGAUCUGAUUUCAAGCACAAAAGGUCUCUCAAAGAUCAUAUCAAGUCAUUCGGUCAUGGCCAUGCAGCUUACGGUAUCGACUCCUUUGAAGAAGAAGAAGAAGAAGAACCAGCCUCUGAAAUUGAGCAAGAGAAUGAAUCUACUCGGUGAAAGAAAUUAAUUGAACAAUAUCUCGAAAACUAUGGUCCAUAUUUUGAGUUGAUAUUGUUUUACGCAAUCGUAGCCUCUUAAAUAAAGUUACAUAUUCUGAAAUAAUCUCUUAUAUUUUUACAAUUAUGUAUAAUCUCGUAUGUGUAAAUUAUGCUGAAAAAAAAAAGAAAAGAAAAGGAAUGGGGGAUAUAAUAAGAUCCACCAAAGAGUUAAAUGACGUACUUAUAA